AUGGAGAACGCAGACCGUACAGAUAAAGACCGUUCGAUUACGACUACAGAGCCAUCUGGUUGUCAGUCUUCGACUGAACCAUCUGAUACAAACUCCCAACAUCCAGGCAAGACAUGGCAGAUGUUCUUUGAACGUCAGGGAUGCGAAACUGAACAGCUUAUGAAUGGCGAAUCCAUUCAGGACAAGCAACGUCGUAAGGCUCACGAGCUGCACGCGAAAAAACAGCUGUGCCCAAAAGCCGAAUCAAAGGUGUUCUAUUGGUGCACCGUGGAAGGCACAGCACACCUCUGUCGAAAACUAAUUCCAUACCGAGCCGUUCUGGACUUCUGGGACAAUUACACUCCUUCACAGAGACGGUACUCUGCGUUCUGGAAUGAAUGGGAUUUAAAUUUCGAAUUCGAUUUAUCCUCUAACCGAGAUGAUUUGCUAUCAACCAGCCAGAUAACCGUUGAACAAGAGGAAGGAUCCAUCAAAGAAUGGGAGCUCAUGCACGAGAGGUUCUACGGUACAAGUGUCGAAGAACUCUGUCCUGAAAUUACAAGCGGUUUGCUCCUUGGACGAUACUCUUCAGGUUUCGCUUCAGGUAUUAACACAAUGGCUACAUCCCCACAAUAUACGUCGCCAGUCAUCAUCCCCACCAGAAGAUACAUACACAUCCAUGGAAAGGCACAAGAUUAUGCAAUUGUGUCGGGAUAUAUCAGAAGGCCUUCAUUGGCUGUCUUCACUGGUUCUGGAAGAGAAUACAAGAAAGACUCCCCCUUGUCCAAUGCCCCCACAAUGUUGGGACAUGAGCUUCGGGUGCCUCUCACUACCUCUCAUCAAGGAAGUAACCCUGAUUUUACUGUGCACAUUAUCCAGUGGUAUCGCAGUAACAAGGUGGGAUAUGAGAUCAGGCCAGUCUCAUCCAAACGGUCGCCUUACAGGCUUAUCGUCUAUCGUGCCACGGACGUGUUACAUUGUUUGCAUAUCCUGGAACGCUUCCUGCCUGGACGAUUUUGCUGGAAGAGAUGUGUCACUAUGGUGCACAAUUCAGCAUGUGCGUGGAUGAUGAAGCGGUUGGUCCAUGUCGCGUACAUGUCCAAGAUGCCAUCCUAUAUCGACCUGUAG